AAACAAAAUAUUUGAAAUGACAAAAAUACAAAGGAAUGGCGAGCAAAGACAGAGUACCGCGAGAUUGUGAGCUUCUCAUUCCGGUGGCCGACUCCGGCGGCGAAGAUGCAUCGUCCAAACCCUCCUCAUCUUCCUCCUCCUCCCACCACACAGGCCACGAGUGUGUCCUAUUUCCAAUAGCGAUCACUUUCUAUAUCGCGUGGUGGUUUAUUUACUUUGUGGAUAGCUUCUUCUCUCCAAUCCAUGCUCAACUUGGAAUCAACAUUUUUGGAAAAUCAGGAGAAGGGGAUUAAUUAGCCUUUCGCUCUCUCCAAAUGGUAAAGGCCAACGCGUCCGGCUGAAUGUGGCCUGAGAAAGUGGAUUGAUGAUCAGGAGACAAAGAAAGACAUGCGAAGGAUAUGCAAAGGCCCGCAAGAGGAUCAUCGUCCAUUGACUGUCACUGACCGCUGGAUCCUGUGGCUGCCGCUGGAGAAGUACUGGGAGAUUAUGAGGACGUGGUCGAGGUUGAGAGUGACGCUGUCGUGAGUGAGGCCGAAUAUGACGGCCUGCAGGGAGAGUAUCAAGAGACAAGGAAAGACGUAAAUGCGCUAGGCCCAGAGGAUCAUGAUCAUGUACUGUUAUUGGGAGUCGUCGUUUCUUCGUGGUCGUAACAAUCACUUCACCCAUAGAAUUCCAAAGUUUUGACUUGAAGGAGGAUGAAGAGGAAGCUUCGUGGGCUGUAUGGCGGUAUCCACCCUUAUGGCACUGCAGUGGUUCAGAUUAAGACUGAAAAAUAUGGCAGUGGUUGUGGUUGUGGUUGUGUUUGUGUCGCUGAAUCGAUGACACUGAGAUACCUAAACCCAAGUCAAGAUCCUGACAAAAACAAAAGUUUAUGAUAUAAUAAUGUUUAGUUAGUGACUUGAGAAGGAAGGGGAUCCUCUCCGGAUCUCUUCCUCCAAAGUUCAUAUAUCAAGUGAUUCGGGCUCUUG